CCCGUCUCUUCCUCCCUUCUGGUCCCAGAUCCAAUGGCGACGUACUGACCUGCACUUCGAAGUUGCCUUACCAUCUUACCUCACCUACAGGUACCUACCUACUUCCAUACCACCGAGGUGACAGGCAGGGCAGCAGCAGCACCGGCACCAGCACAAUCCUCCACCGCAGACAAGAUCGACCGGCUCAGGCACGACGACCACAAUGCUCCAGACGGCGGCAACGACGAUCGCCUUCAGCGCCUCCGUAAACCGAUAGGCACACAUAUCUCCCAACCCCGACGUCUACUGGACACGUCACGCACGCACUCACGCACGCUCGCGCGCUUCACACUCCAUUCUUCACUUCUCGCGAUCGCGCUGCCCGAAACAUCCACCACAAAAACCAAGAGCUGGGAAAGAUGGGUGUGUCGGAGAGCAAGAUCGCCUUCAAGCAGAGCGUCUUCAAGCUCAUUGGCGACAAGGUGUUGCAGCCAGACGACGACAUCUUCACCACUUACUGGACCGUACCCGAGCGCGUGGACGAUGUCUUCGAUCUCUUGGUGGGAGCCGAUGUGCGUGUCCUGACGUGCACCGAUGCCUCAGAGCUCGGUGGUGCCAAAGCGAUCCCCGGCGAACAGUGCUCGCCUAUGACCAACUUGGAAACACUCUUGUACAACGCCGUUGCGCAACUGAGAAGGCUCCAGCAAGACGUCGCGCAACCCAAUGAGCUCGUGGUCCGCCAGAUUCUCAACUGUAUGCGCAUCCUGACCAGAAUCAUGCCAUUCAUAUUCGAGGCCGAGCAUCUGAGGGACUGGUACGAUCGAUUCUUUUGGCAACCGAGAAAGCCACAAUACCUCAAAUGGGACGACAAGCGCGACGCCCCCACUCAGCUGUUCGACGGCCUGGAACCCAGCAGGCUGUACGAGAAAGCCGACCAGCACAAGGAAAUUGGCCCGCCGCUCGGCGAGACGCUCCUCAGUCUCGUGAUCGACUAUUUCUUCUGGAGAGGCUUGACUCUCCCGGCACUGCGGGACGAGAACAGACUAUCUGGCAGAGGAUACGAGCUGAAGGUGUGGAAGACUGGCAUUGGAUGUAGCAGCGAUCCCAAGUGUACUGCGGAGCAUGAGCGUAAUCAGUACGAGCUCGUCAGGUUCCUGUUGACCUUGACGAGCAGCCCUCUCUAUAUGAGGCCUGAUCAAGUAGCGGUCGCCAACAACAAAGUGCUCACAUACCUCACCACCAAGGUGGACAAGCGCGUCGUCAACGCCAUCAACUGCUCGUGUCUGAACACGGUCAUGAGAUUCAACCCCAAUUUGUGGAGCAUGCCAAGCGGCUGGCAGGGAGCCCGGGAUAAUAAGAAGCUCCUGGUCCUCAACUGCGUCCAGUUCUUGUUGGUUGCAAUGGUUUACAUCCCGCCAGAGGGCAAGAAUGGAUUCAGAUCAUCGAUCGGCGCGCUGUUCCGACCAGAUGAUUUCCAAUUCAUCCACCACGGCACCAAUGUGGUCAUCUCACAACCAUUAACAGCGAGCAACUUCAGCAUCGGUAAGAGCAAUGCCGUCCACCACGCCACUGAAAUGAUCAGCUUCCUCUGGGAGCUCAUCCAGUGCAACAAGCGCUUCCGACGUUACCUAUGCGAGACCAAGGUCGGCAUGGACUAUCUCGUCGUGCUCUUGUACUACGCACGAGAUUCCGUGGGCGACGAGAUGAAACAAGGCGUGAUGCGCAUGGCCAUUUUCGUGAUCCAGUCCUUGAGCGCCGAGACCGCCUUCACUUCGAAGCUGAAUACGCCAUUUCUCCACGUGGGCAGCUUGCCGCCGGUGAUGCGAGUAGAGAAUUUCCGUGGCUCAUAUGCUGAUUUCCUGAUAUGCUCAAUACACCUUCUCAUCACAACGUCCAAAGGGCGUCUCGAGCCCGUGUAUCCCGCGCUGUUCGACAUCAUCAAGAACGUGGCUCCUUAUGCGAAGAACCUGCAGCGCGCCACCUCUUCCAAGGUGAUGAAUCUCUUCGACAUCGUGUCCGCGCCUGGCUUCUGUCUCAGGAACGAGAGCAAUCACCUGAUUUUGAAGAAGGUGCUUGACGCCUGCUACGCCAUACUGGACAAUCACUCACGCGAAAACCCACAAUUCGUCAAAGUACUUGUUGCAAGUAAAAAGCGCUUCACAGCACUACGCGACCUCACCGUCGAGGGCGCGCAGGCCGAACUCGAACGUCAAGCGAUUGAGCGCAAAGAUCGUGGCGAUACCUCACGCGGCUCCUCAAUCGACAGUAUGCGUAGACCCGCUCCACUCCGGACGUCCUCGCUCGCCGAGGUUCCAGAGGAUAGCCAGUUCACGAUAGGCGACGACGAUGACAAUGAUGAUAACCAUGAUGAUAACCAUGAAGACAAUGAAGACGAAGAGACCGACGCAGAAGUCAGCGAAAAGUCCACUGCUGACUCCAGUCAAGGCACCUGCAGUGCUACAGACAACACUAUCGCCGCCAGUCCUGCACGUCUCAGCGACAAAGCACGUGGAAAACAGCCAGCAGCAGCGUUGCGUGUCUCAACCUCACGAAACCCUUCACUUACCAGCCUGAGCACCCUCACGCCAGUCACCACGUCUCAGACCUUUCUCCCCUCCGAGCAGUGGCUAGCAAACUGGUCCACGCAGCUACCGCUCGAUGCCAUACUUAACGUCAUUGAAGAGGCCGAGAAAUCCCCACUUGGCUUCACUCCCAUCACUGCUCCUCGACAAGAGCACCAUGCAAACCUUUCCACAACAGCUCCAGAAACCCAACCCAGCAGCAGACGAGAAGCCCGUCAAUCCGCCCAAUUCACCCGCCACUCCGCAGAAAGCAGCCGCAGCUCGCAAGCCGCACAUGGAACCGAUGGACAAGGUCAUCUCAGCUCUAAAGAAGAUAUCAGACCAGCAGCCGGAGGCCCUGUCAACUUCUCCUGGACAGCGGUAGCCAUCGGCUGGUACAACGCGCUCAUCUGGAGUCGAAUCUACGUGCAAGAAGCUGAAGCUUUUCAAGGCUCCGGUGGAUUGUAUAGUAGCACGGAUAUCAAGCUCUUUCGACGGCAGGGCGCAAGCCAGGAGAUCUCGUUGAGAAGUCCCAAAGGAGCCAUCGAUGCUGUGGGACUCUCGCUGGCGAAUAGGAUUAGCAGUAUCAACCUGCCGGAUGCGUUAGGGGGAGGUGGGCAUGGGAAAUAGAAUCAUGGGAUGAAAUGAGUGGAAACGAGGCCUUGAGAUGGUGACCUAUUUCGUGGGAAUAUGAGAACAUUUGUCAUGCUGAUAUACGGAUCGGCCAUGAGCAUUUCAGUGGUUGAUAAUGCCUGGAUUGUGCUGAUGGAGAACAUUCCUAACCCGAUAUCACCGCGUUUCAGAGUUUGUGUCAGAACCAGUAGAAAUGCGAGGAACGUAUACACCUAGGCGCAUGAUCCAAUCGUGAAUUGGGCGGAAAUAGGUCCGAAGACAUUGCUUUUGAGACACUUGGCGGAGUAUUGUUUCAAC